UGGCCCUCCCAGUCCUCCUCAGACCUGCAGAGUCAAAUCAGCCAGUACCAGCUGCAGCCAGCAGAGUCGUCCUGGAUCCUCAGUCCUCUGGAUGUGAGCACAGGGGCUUUUCAUGAGUCACUGAAAAUACUGGAGCUGUCACAUUCAAGAUGAGGCUGAAGCCAGUUGUCCUUACGGUGUUACUGACGGUGGCUGUCGCUUAUUACGUUUACAUCCCGCUGCCUGAUGCCAUCCAGGAGCCGUGGAAGUUGAUGAUGCUGGAUGCUGGGUUCCGGGCAGCGAUGCACCUGGCUUCUUUGAAGGACUGGCUGGGCUUGGACCAUUACGUCAAGUCUAUCAGGCGGACCACAGAGGGCUUUGAGGGCAUGAUAAAGGGGCUGGACACUUCUGAGUCCAACGGAGGGGUCAUGCCCGGAGUGAAGGUCAGCGACAUGACUUUCGCCGGCGUCCCGGUCCGACUUUAUGAGCCCCCGGCUGGAGGGGAGGGCCAUCUGAGGAGAGGGUUGAUGUUCUUCCAUGGAGGAGGCUGGGCCCUCGGCAGUGCCAAGAAAGGCUCAUAUGAUGCCAUCAACCGAAUGGUUUCGGAUGAGCUCAACACUGUCGUGGUCUCUGUUGAGUAUCGCCUGUAUCCAGAGGUGCAUUUUCCAAUGCCAUAUUUAGACUGCCUCGCUGCUGCCAAACACUUCUUGUCCUCAGAGGUUCUGGCAAAGUACGCAAUCGACCCCGAGCGUGUGGCCGUGUCAGGAGACAGCGCUGGAGGAAAUCUGGCUGCUGCGGUCGCUCAGGAGAUUUCCAUAGACGACACUGUGACCGUGAAAUUCAGCAUCCAGGCUUUGAUCUACCCGGUGCUCCAGGCUCUGGACUUCAACACGCCCUCCUACUUGCAGAACCAAGACAUGCCCAUCCUGUACCGGCCCGUCAUGGUUCGUUUUUGGCUGCAGUACUUUGGUGCUGACCUCUCCUUGCAGCCCCAGUUGCUAGUGAACAACCACAGCUCCUUGCACGACUCAGCCAUCACCCCUGAGCUGAGGUCGCGACUAGACUGGACCGUGCUCCUGCAGCCGAAAUACAGGAAGACGUACAAGCCCCUCAUCGUGGAGAAAGGUUCACAGGGGCUCGUGAAGGAGGUGCCGGGGCUGCUGGAUGUGCGGGCGUCACCACUGCUGGCAGGACCAGAGGUUUUGGCGAAAUGCCCUCGGGCGUACAUCCUCACGUGCGAGUAUGACGUGUUGAGGGAUGAUGGGCUGAUGUACGCUCGGCGCUUACAGGACGCAGGGGUCACGGUAACCAACGAACACUACGAGGACGGCUUCCACGGAUGUUUCAGCUUCAUAGUCUGGCCGUUGGACUUUGAUGUAGGGAAGAGGGCGCUCAGAGGUUACAUCAACUGGCUCCAGAACAACUUGUAAGAGUGUGUGUGCGUGUUUGUGCAAGUGAGUAAUGGGUGCAUGCAUGUGUGUGUGUGUGUCACUGAUACAAAUGCACUACCCCUUGAUUUGUGAAUUAUAGACUUGAUAAAGGGCUCUUACAUCUAUCUGCUCUUUGUGUUAAAAAUAUAAAAGCUCAGGGCCCUCAUGUAUACACACACACACACACACACACACACACACACACACACAC